GGGAUCACCAAUCUGGGGUACAAGGUCUUAAUACAGCCUUCCAAUCGGCGGGCCAUUCACGAUAAGGACUGGAAAGACAAAUGUCUGCAGGAAAUGCUUCACUGAGUAGAGUUUGUUCAUGAGUGUUUACCUUGCCAGCCACCAGGUGAAGCCCCUCAUAUUCAUCAUUCUGUUUAUUCUUCACAAUAAUCUUAUGACACAGCAUACCUGGAAAUCACUUCAUGUCAGUUCAUAGACCUCAGCUUCAUUCUAUUUAAUGGCUGCUAUAAUUACUCCAUUAUUUAUCAUGACUUAUUUAACCAGUCUACUAUAAAUGGGCAAAUAGAUUGUUUUCAGAGAAACCAGGAAUAUGUCAAAGCUGGUGGCAUUCUUCAGGAGGAUAUUUCUGAAGCUUGUUUAAUUUUGGGAGUUAAAAGACCCCCAGAGGAAAAAUUAAUGCCUAAGAAGACCUAUGCAUUCUUCUCCCACACCAUAAAGGCUCAGGAGGCCAAUAUGGGUUUGUUGGAUGAGAUCCUAAAACAGGAAAUCCGACUUAUUGAUUAUGAGAAAAUGGUGGAUCAUAGAGGAAUACGGGUAGUGGCGUUUGGACAGUGGGCAGGUGUGGCAGGGAUGAUCAACAUUUUACAUGGAAUGGGUUUAAGGCUCCUUGCUUUGGGACAUCACACACCUUUUAUGCACAUUGGCAUGGCUCACAACUACAGGAACAGCAGUCAGGCUGUGCAAGCUGUCCGAGACACUGGCUAUGAAAUAUCUCUGGGUUUGAUGCCAAAGUCGAUAGGGCCCUUAACAUUUGUGUUCACAGGGACUGGUAAUGUAUCUAAGGGAGCCCAAGAAAUCUUCAAUGAAUUACCUUGUGAAUAUGUGGAGCCACAUGAAUUAAAAGAAGUUUCCCAAAAUGGAGACCUGAGAAAAGUGUACGGGACAGUGUUAAGUCGCCAUCAUCAUCUCGUCAGGAAAACAGAUGGUAUAUAUGAUCCUGUAGAGUAUGACAAAUAUCCUGAGCGCUACAUAAGCCGUUUUAAUACUGAUAUUGCACCCUAUACAACUUGUUUAAUUAAUGGAAUCUACUGGGAACAAAACACUCCUCGCCUACUAACUCGCCAAGAUGCUCAGAGUCUCCUGGCUCCAGGCAAGUCCUCAGUUGCUGGUGUUGAAGGCUGCCCUGCAUUGCCACACAAACUUGUGGCAAUAUGUGACAUUUCAGCUGACACCGGAGGAUCUAUUGAGUUUAUGACUGAGUGUACGACAAUAGAGCAUCCCUUCUGCAUGUAUGAUGCAGAUCAGCAUAUUAUUCAUGACAGCGUCGAAGGCUCUGGGAUUCUGAUGUGCUCCAUUGACAAUUUGCCGGCACAGCUUCCAAUCGAAUCUACCGAAUACUUUGGAGACAUGCUUUACCCUUAUGUUGAAGAAAUGAUAUUAUCAGACGCGACACAGCCUCUUGAGAGUCAGAAUUUUUCUCCUGUGGUGCGAGAUGCAGUGAUUACAUCCAACGGCACAUUGUCUAAUAAGUAUAAAUAUAUCCAGAAACUCCGGGAGAGCAGGGAACGUGUUCAGUCACUCUCAGUGAGCACCAAGAAAAAGGUCUUGGUUCUUGGAUCUGGUUAUGUAUCUGAGCCGGUGCUGGAAUACCUGUCGAGGGAUGACAAUAUAGAAAUAACAGUAGGCUCUGACAUGGAGAAUCAAAUCGAACAGUUAGGCAAGAAAUAUAAUAUUAAUCCUGUUAGCCUGUAUGUUGGUAAACAAGAAGUGAAGUUGAACUCCUUGGUGGCAACGCAGGAUCUCGUCAUCAGCUUGUUGCCUUAUGUAUUGCAUCCUCUUGUGGCCAAGGCAUGCAUCGCAAGCAAGGUUAACAUGAUCACUGCAAGCUACAUCACCCCGGUGCUAAAAGAAUUAGAAAAGAGUGUGGAAGAUGCUGGCAUCACAGUCAUUGGCGAAUUGGGAUUGGACCCUGGUCUUGAUCAUAUGUUGGCAAUGGAAACGAUAGAUAAGGCCAAAGAAGUGGGAGCCACGAUUGAAUCUUAUGUUUCCUACUGUGGUGGCCUUCCAGCCCCCGAACAUUCAGACAAUCCUUUGAGAUACAAAUUUAGCUGGAGUCCAGUGGGAGUUUUGAUGAACAUAAUGCAGCCCGCCACCUACCUGCUCAAUGGAAAGGUUGUGAAUGUGGUAGGGGGUGUCUCCUUUCUGGAUUCGGUUACUCCUAUGGAUUAUUUCCCUGGAUUAAAUUUGGAAAGUUAUCCUAACAGAGACAGUACCAAAUAUGCUGAGAUUUAUGGCAUUCCGUCUGCUCACACUUUAUUACGGGGGACGCUGAGGUACAAGGGAUAUGCCAAAGCCUUGAAUGGAUUUGUAAAAUUGGGUCUUAUAAACAGAGGUGCAUUUCCUGCCCUUCGACCUGAUGCCAAUCCGCUCACCUGGAAAGAACUCCUCUGUGAUCUAGUGGGAAUUUCACCCUCCUCCAAGUGUGAUGUGCUUAAGGAAGCUGUCUUUAAGAAACUAGAAGGAGACAAUACCCAGCUGGAGGCUGUUGAAUGGUUGGGCUUGCUUGGGGAUGAACAAGUCCCUCGGGCAGAGUCUCUCGUGGAUGCACUCUCCAAGCAUUUGGCCAUGAAGCUUUCCUAUGGCCCUGGAGAGAAAGAUAUGAUUGUGAUGAGAGACAACUUUGGAAUCAGACAUCCUUCUGGACAUUUAGAAAAUAAAACUAUUGAUCUUGUGGUUUACGGGGAUGUCAAUGGUUUUUCAGCUAUGGCUAAAACUGUGGGGUUACCCACUGCUAUGGCAGCCAAGAUGUUACUUGAUGGUGAAAUUCAAGCUAAAGGCCUGAUGGGGCCCUUUUCAAAGGAGAUCUAUGGACCAAUAUUGGAGCGAAUUAAAGCAGAGGGCAUUAUGUAUACUACACAGAGCACAAUCAAACCAUAAUCGAGAAUUAUAUUUUGUUUUUAUCUUCCCAGCCAACACAGCUCUGAACUUUUAUGUAACAAACAUGCUUGCUAAUGUGAUAUUUUAAAACAUAAAGCAUGAUAUGUUUUGAUUAAGUCAAUACGAUGGUGUUUUUGAAAUAUAAAUCUCUAUUUUAAUAUGAAAACAUUUGGAACAAGAGAUGCCAGUAAUUACCAGGGAACUUUAAUAAUUCUAUCAUGUAUUUUUUCAUGUGUAUGUAAAAGUGACAAUGAUUAUACUACUUGUUAAUUUAUUAUGCAACUUUUUUCCUACAAUAAUAUAUUUUCCGAUAAUUAGCAGAUGAAGUUUUAUCUUUUUAGUAAGAAAAAAAUUUCUUCAUGCAGCUUUUUCUUUUGCUUUUAUUUUUCAAACGGAUUCAGUUGGAUGCUUUUAGAUCACCAAAGCUUUGCAAUAAUACUAUUUUAUGCCUUUUUGUAAAAUGAUGAUUCAUUUAGAAAGUGACAUUUCUUACAGCUUUCUUUUAAUGUUUGGAGAAGGAAAUAGGUAAGACUAAAUCAAAAUCCACAUGGUCACCUCAUUAGGCACAGGAAAAGCGUUAACAAAUCCAACACACUUUUAUGAUAAAAAUACUCAACAAACUAGGAAUAGAAGGGAAUUCUUCAACCUGAUAAAGGGCAUCUAUGAAAAAACCAUAGCUAGUAUCAUAGUUAAUGAUGAAAGACUGAAGGAUUCCCCCCUAAAAUCAGAAACAAGACAAGGAUACUCUUGCCAUUUCCAUUCAACUUGUACUGGAGGGUAUAGCUGGGCAAUUAGGCAAGAAAAUGAAGUAAAAGACAUCUAGAUUAGAAAGGAAGAGGUAAAACUAUCUCUAAUGUUAUACAAAGAAAAUUCAAAGGAAUACUCUAAGAAAACAUUAGAACUAAUACAUGAGAUCAGCAGUUGCAUGAUACAGGAUUAAUAUUCAAAAAUUGAUUGUAUUUGUAUACAAUAUCAAUGAAUGAAGCAAAAGUAAUAUUAAGAAAUCAAUUCUAAGAAAAAGUGUAAAAUAGGAAUAGAUUGAGAGUCCAGAAAUAACUCAUAUUUACAGUCAAUUGACUUUUGAAAAAGGUGCUAGGACAAUUCAAUUGAGGAAAAUAAUCUUUUCAUCAAAUUGUGCUGAAACAACUGGAUAUCCACAUACAAAAGAAUAAAGUUGGACUCCCUACCUCACAGCACAUAUAAAAAUUAUCUCAAAAUGGACCAAAUACCUAAAUAUGAGAGCAAACACUAUAAAACUUUUAGAUGAAAUCAUAGGUGUAAAUCUUCAUGAUCUUGGAUUAGGCAGUGCUUUCUUAAAUAAAUGACACCAAAAGCACAAGCACUGAAAGAAAAACAAUAGAUAAAUUGGGUAUCAUCAUGAUUAAAAACUUCUGUGCUUCCAAGAAUACCUCAAGAAGGCAAAAGACAACCCAUAGAAUGAGAAAAAGUGUUUGCAAAUCAUAUACCAAGUGAGAGAAGAACUUGUACUUAGAAUAGGUAAAGAACUACUAUAUUCAAGAAAAAGUCAAAGAGCCCAAUUAAAAUAAAUGGACAAAGGAUCACAAUUAACAGUUCUCCAAAGAAGACAUACAAAAGGCCAAUAAGCACAUGAAAAGAUGCUUAA